GGGAGCCGCCACUUGGUAUCCACCAGAGUCUUCAGUUUCAUCUGUUAACCACGAUGGAUAUUAGCUCACAUACAGAAGGGGUUUCUCUCUGAGCCGUACAGCGCUGGUGGGUUUGUAGCAUGUGGUACGGCAGGUGUAAGCGUAGUCGUGAGUGGAAAGCUGUAUAAUCGAUGCAUAAUCUCGAGUGGCUGAACAGCUGGCUGAAAAGAAUUUCCUUCGUCGCGGAACACCAGUGUGCAAUAAGCUGAUUGCCUGUUCAUGCAGAGCAUCGGAGCCUGCCAUCACCAUUCCAGAAAUAUCACUCACAGACGAAUCUACCCACGGGAGCAUCUAGAAGUAUGUUUCCGGGUGCUUGAGAAGGCAACGAGCCUAGUUCCAUGCAUAUCCAUUGCCAUUGGCACCAUCCAUCGAGAUGUGGGAUCUUGACAAUAUUCCUUAUUGGACAAAUCUUGAUACGACAGUUGAUCGGUCUGCUUGCACGGUAUAGGAAUCCCUUAGUGCCUAGCUGGCAUUACCACUCUUUUUCAUCUCAAAUUACUGCGCUGCUACCGGUACUGAUCCUAAUCACAAAACCGAGGCCCUCCUAUAAAUUUACCUAGGGCCCUGAUCUAAGCUCCCCCAUCU